GUGUAGUUUGAACGGCGAGAGCUUCCUGAAAGGACGGUGGCAUCAGUGUAAGAGUUGCACGUGUUUGUAGACACGUGGGAUAGGUGGGUCUUCUGUGUCUGGGGGUGAAAUAAUUUAUUUGCACUAUUUAGCCGAGUGGUUGGUUAUUUAUGGUCUUCCCACGGGGCAUGUCCUUGCAGGCACGCAUUAAUACCAUUUCAAGGUGAUAACAGCUUGCCAUUGACACAGAUACACUGGAAAUAUAGAUCAGAAUGUUCUUUAUGGAACACACUAAACCUUGGUUAGUUUAUGUCUCUAUAAAUUGUUACCCCGUUAUAACUCCUUUGAUUCUCUACCAGCAGAUAGUUGCCUUGUCUGUUACAUACUUGAUGGGAAUCAUGGGAGUUGAAACAAUUAGUUUGCUUUAACAAAUCACUUCAGAACAUUAUUUAAACAUAUAACACAGUGCUUUCCAAGACUGUACAACGUUACAAAUAAAAAGGAGUAACACCUGAAACAGAAUAUCAGUUAUAUGGGGAGUUCAAAUGUAAUGUUCACUUUUUAAGUUUUUUAUUUUUAUAAGUUUGUGUUUUUAUUCCUAUCAUUUGCACGAAAAUAUUUAGCGCUACACAUUUUCUCUCAUUUUAUUUUCCUCUUACAUUUUUGUUUCUCGUUUACACGUUUUUUGCCUUGAAUGUAUUUAACAGAGGCACAACAGUAGUAACUACCUGCUUGUUUUUUUUGUUUUUUUUUACCCUUUUAAGGACACAUGAUGGAAAUAUUCCUCCAUGAUUCCCUUUUAUUUAUGAAGGUGUGACCUUAAGGGGUUAAAAUCCUUCCAAUCGUUAAUGCUCCUUUUUCCUUCCGGUGUUACUAGUCAUUUGCCUUAUUUUAUGAUUGCAAACAAUUGUAAUAAAAUUUCAACAAAGAAAAAGAGGGCGCCAUUGAACCUCUUGCACAAUAACCACACUGGUGACUAUGGUGUUUAGUGUGCCUCAUUAAAUGUAUUAAUUAGAAGUGCACUGACCUCCUUAAUAAGUGACGGGCAUUAAAACAUUGAUGAAUUUGCUAAACAUCUGCAUUAGCAAUGCUUGUACAGGCCACAGGUGCGCACAGUUUUUGUCAAUCCACCAGUGACCAGAAGAUCUCCACAAUAGCACCAUAACCACAAUUUUGACUUAUAUUGGCUAGAGUGCUCACCCUUGGAAGAAGCAUUCCACAACACCAUAACCAUAACCAUAUACCUUUCAACAUUUCAAAUUGACAAAGAGGGACAAUUUCAUUUUAUGGGUGUGACAAGAGGUGGGCUAUUCUGAGAAAUGGUAGGUGAUUUAGUAACAACAAUUUAUGCAACUUAAAUGUAAUUUAUAACAAGAUCAAUGUAUCUUAUUUACACAGACUGAUUUCUAAACAUAUUUAUUGUAGUUUUAAGUUUGAUCAAAAUUAAGUUGUGUUAUGGUCACAUUUAGCGUUUAAACUAUAGAGCUAACCUGAUUCUCCUAAAGAAGACCGUAAACAGCAGGCAACUGGCAAGACCCAAGUCAGUUGUUAUACCUAAACAAUUAUUGGUUUUAUUUUCCUUGUUUUUUUAUUCUGUUGCAUACAAUAAUAUAACAUUUUUGCAUAUUUUUUCCUUGCUAUAUUAACUUGUACAUUUUUAUGAAAACAAAUACAGAUGAAUGUUAAAACUUUCCAUGUUUCACAGGGAAGGAAAUGAAGCGGAUUUGUAUAUUGCCUAUCCAAACGUGGAUUAGACACCAAUCCAUAUUGAGUCAGGCGUCUGAUAUAUCAUGUCUGGUGAGGAAUUUACUGCAUUUUGUAGAUUGCUUAAACAACCGUUUUGAAAAAGGAAGGGUUUAAAGGGAACCUGUUGUCCCGAAAAUAACAAUCUUUAUUUCAGGAUCAGUCUGUUUCUCUUUGUCCAUCCAGCCCCCUUUUGACAUUAAAAAUAGAGGAAAAAUAAAAAUUACCUCCUUUACAGCGCUGAAAUUCCUCUGCUGCUGCCUCCACCGUGACCUCAGGUGAUGUAAGCAUCCAAGCUGACAUUACCCGCGAUCUCCAAUCAAUUUGUUCUCGUAAGCAAUGGAUUGGAAGCAUUGUCGUCCAGAGGAGGAUGCACUUCUAGUGUCUCUCAUGAAGACAACCACCAGAAGUGUAUAUAACCCUGUAAUGUAAACAAUGCAGUGUCUAAAAAAAAAACUGCAAUGUUUUUGCAGUAAUUUUAAAAUAACAGGAACACUGCACACAGACCACUUAAUUCAGAUGAAGUGGUCUACGAAUCUAAAUUCUAAAAAAAUAAAAAAAAACAUUACUUUUAUUACUAAUCCAGUAAUUGCUGGGAAUUAAUGAAUUAAAGUAGUCGAGUUAGUAAUCUGAAGUUCACUGCUAAAUCCACAACAAAGUUAAUUAUGGUGCUUGUUCAAUAUUAAGUGGAAGAACUUUCAAUGGGUUCCAAUAUAGCCGUCAUUCAAAAAGAACAAUAGUGUAAUUCUAAAGAAACUCUUAAUCUGAUAUACAAGUGACGCUACAAUCUAGCACAUCCCAACCACCUUGUAUUCCUGCCACACAUUACCAAUCUUCUCUGCUCCCUUACAUCAUUCUUCUCAAGUCCGCAAGUACUGGAACAAUCAGCUGUGUCACCUUUAACCAGUCAGCUCCUCACAUUUUUCAAACACCUGACCCUUCCUCUUUACUGGUUCAGCUUACCUUCUCUAGAACCAUACUGGCCAUCUUCCAAACUGUGCAAAUGACGUGCAGGCCACCAGAUGAAGUAUGGGUGUGCAUGUGAUGCAAUUCACAAAGAGUAAUGUAAAUGAAUCAAGGGUCAUUCCUGAAACGCACAUGAAUGCCAGUCCAUAACUGCCUGAUCAUUUCUUUCCUUUACUCUCUAUUCCCACCAAUGCUCCGACCUCUCUAAGAUCUAUGGGUCCUUCUCCACUAAAUAAAGAAGUACAUUUACACUUCACAGUAAACAAAUUAAAGAACAACUGAAAAAGUAUUGCAUACUGCAUUGCUACUAAAUAACUGCAUAUAUAUAUAUAUACUUUAUUUUAUUCUUAUGUUGUGUUAUAUAAUUUUUAGCCCCCUGUUCAGAAUGCAAUAGAAAUGAAUGAAGAGACAUUACUGGGACAAAACUUUGAUGAGGAAAACACCCACACAAAUAGUGAUAUUUUAUAUCCGUCCGACAGCAAGAAGCUGAUUCCUAAAAAGAAAUAUGCCUUAUUGAUGGCUUACUGUGGCAAUAAGUAUCAUGGAAUGCAGGUAAGUUUAAUAUACUGUGCAGUUGAACAUGAAGCAAAACAUUGUGUUUUCUUCUGGUAUUUUUGAAGACUGUGAUAGCUGGCCCAGAGUUAAAUCAUAAAUUAUUCUGAUUUUAUUCCUAUGUCUAAUAUUAUGCAUUAAGUAUUAUAAUAAUUUCAUCAUUAGAGAUAAGAAGAAGAGUGAUGCAUCCGGCCCCUGCUCUUGUGAAAUACCCUGAAAUUGGAACAUAUUUUAGUACAUUGUGUGAAAACUCACCAGCUCCUAUGUUAAUCUAUGGAUUGCAUUUACAGAAAUGACACUUUAUACUCUGCAUUGCAGAGACAACUUGGAAUUAGAUACAUUAAGGAGAUGCUUCUCGUGCUUUAGUUAAAACUCCCCAAUGUAUCACUCUUUAGUAUAUCCCCAGGAUCAGGUAAAUACCUGUUUGAGUAGAACAACAUCAUAGUAUGUAAUUAAAACGGCCUAAAAUAGAAUGUGAACAGCCUACUGGAUUAGAAACACAUGAAGAAUGAUCGACUUUUUUGUGCAGGUUAAUCUUGGUUCACCUGAUUUUCCAACAAUUGAAGGAACUCUCAUUUCAGCACUAAUUAAAGCCGGAUGUGUUCCUGAGAAGUACUCUUCGCAAAUAAAACAGCUGCAUUUUCAGCGCUGCGCCCGUACUGACAAGGUAGUAUUGAAGUAAUUACCAUAAGGGAUACCGCACUUUCCUGGAUGCAACCGGGCCUCAGGUUGGCCAAUCUCCACAUUGUAAUCUACAGAAAAUAAAUAAUGGUUCAGGCACUCAAGGUAAAUCCAGUGAGCAGGUUUAUUGGCGCAGAUAAAAAGCAGCGUUUCGGCCCACAACAGCGCCAUUUUCAAGUUUGACAAGAGCCCUGUUGUGGGCCAAAAUGUUGCUUUUCAUCUGCGCCUAUAAACCUGCACACUGGAUUUACCUUGAGUGCCAGGGCCAUCAUUUAUUUUCUGCAAGGUAGUAUUGAAGACUUUGUAUGAAACAGGAGUAUACGUUAAUGUUUUUAAUCGAUUGACAAGCUGACUUAAAAUAUUCUUUUUUUUUUUUUCUGCUUCUUUAAACAAAACAAAUACUUUUGUGAAAGCAUUCUUUUAGUCCAGUGGGAUCAUUUCUGAAACAUUUGUUGUGGCAUCAGUUUGACCUCAUGUAAAUUUGUAGUUUGGCCACAUGUUAACUUGUAUUUGUAUAUUGUAGCUAUAGUAUGUGAACCCUGUGCAUUAUUUGACAUGUAAAACAAGACACCACUUUUAUUCAUAGGGAGUCUCUGCUGUCAGUCAACUGGUUUCCUCAAGGCUUCUAAUGUCCUGCCCAAACCCAGUGGAGGAAAUUAACUUGCAUCUCCCACCUGACAUCCGAAUAUUAGGUAUCAAACAUUUUUCUAAUAAUUCAGUAGCAUGUCUUUAUGAUCAGUGUUCUAUUCACAGCGUCUAAUUAUUUUUUAACAGGAUUCCAAAGAAAUGUAAAUAUAGGGGUAUGGUUUUCAAUGUCAUAAAUUCCAUUUUCUCCUUUGUUUGUUUUUUUUAUGCAGGUGUGAAGCAAGUGACCAAAGGUUUCAGCUCUAAAAACAUGUGUGAUGCUCGGACCUAUUCAUAUAUGCUUCCUACGUAUGCACUGUCCGAUUGUGCUGUCACGUCACCUGACCCAAAUUUCCGGUUGCCUCGGGAAGACUUCCACCGCGUUAACCACAUUCUUUCCUUCUACCGAGGUUCACAUAACUACCACAACUUCACCUCCAAGAAGGCUCCUGAGGACAAGAGUGCAUGGAGACAUAUGUUCUUUGUGUCCUGCUCUGAACCUUCUGUUCACCAUGGUAUUGAGUUUGCUUCCAUAUUGUUUACUGGACAGAGCUUCAUGUUGCAUCAGAUCCGGAAAAUGGUGGCUAUGCUUAUUGCUAUAUCAAGAGGUAUUGUAUCUGCUGAUAUCCUCCUCCAUUGUGUACAAAAAGACAAAAUCAGCAUUCCUAAAGCCCCUGGACUAGGUUUAGUACUUGAAUGUGGACAUUUUGGGUACUACAAUCGACGUUAUGGUGCUGAUGGACUCCAUGAAGCUCUGACAUGGGGUGAGCUUUUGCCUACUAUGGAAGCUUUCCGGGAGGAACAUAUAACUCCAGUUAUAAUCGAAGGGGAGUUAGAAGAUCUUUCCAUGUAUUUCUUUAUUGAUAAACUUAAACAACACAAUUUUCUUUCACUUACAAAUAACUCUUGAAGUGACUUUACUUGUGUGUGCCUGUAAAAUUGGGAAAGUCAUUUUAUUUUGUUGCUCACGCUACAGAUGUUUUUUUUUUAAUUAAAUUAAAAUUGACCAAAUAAUUUA